AUGGCACAUGUUGCAAAAGGCACAAGAAGGAAAUGGACUGCCCAAGAAGAUCAAACUCUUGUUAAUUGUAUGGUCGAAUUGCAUACCCAUGGCACACAUAAUGGAAAAAAAGGAGGCUUUGAAGCAGGUUAUUUAAGUGAGCUAGCAAAAAUGAUGUCACAGAAGUUGCCUCAUUCUCACUUGGAAGCUAAACCACACAUUGAAUCUCGUAUAAGAACAUUGAAACAAGUUUGGCAAGAGUAUUAUGACUUGUUAAAUGGCCGCACUGCCUCACUAAGUGGAUUUGGAUGGGAUCCUAUAUCCAAAAUGAUCACUGCCUCUAAUGAAGUGUGGGAAGCUAUUGCUGAGAGUAAAUCUAAAGUUGGAGCUUUAAGACGAAAAAGUUUGUGGUACUAUGAACAAUUUUGUGCUAUUUAUUCUGUGGACCGCGCUACUGGAGCAACUGGGAUGGAAUGUGAAGACAUGGUUCAAGAAAGUGAAUUUGAUCCAGCUUUUGAAUCACAACACAUGCAAGACGUAAAUGAUUCCUCCGUUUCUGGUGUUGCAAAUAAAAAAACAUCAAAGAGACCUGCAACAAGUGACAAUGACACUCCACAGAGUAGUCUUAACUCUUCUACCUCCAAUAGUCGUGGCAAGAAGAAG